AUGGCGAUGCAGCAUAUUGCAGACACGCGCCGAUACGAUGAUCAGUUGCUCGGUUGGGCCGAAUCGCCGCUGGCCGCCAAAUCUCCUGCCCUUCUUGGCCCUAACCCGGCGUCAACCACUCCCGUCCUCCCUACCACCAACCCUGCCAGCUCCAGCAUCGCUGCAGUCCGCUGUAUUGCUCCAGCGACGCCAAGCACGGCGCCAGUCGAUGGCGUCCCCCACGGGCGCGUCCGUUGCGGCAGGUCCUAUGGCUUUGCUUUUGAUCCUGGGGCCUUGAAGCCCGUCUCCGCUGCGUCAUUCGCCCGCUGGCAUGCCCGGCUCCCCCUGCCAACUGGCCUGCGCAAUAUACAUGAUGCUUCAGACCUGACCAAUGUGGAAAUUCCAGCUCUGUCCCGCCGGUGCUUUUGUCGGUUUGCGCACCGCUUCCGGAAAGCCUGCUGGGGCACACCCAGACGUGCCCGCGCGACUCAGUGGUACCUCGCGAUAACACUGCAGCGCCUGGACGCCCAUUCUCAACACGGAAGACCAAGGCGAUGCCUUGCUAAGCCCGGCCAUACACAUUCAAGCCCGGCUGCAAGGCUGCCUUGGCAGGAACUCACAGCCACUGUCUCCUGCUCUGUCGGGCGCAGUGUCUCCGCCGCUGCAAUGCACCGCGGAAAAGUACAAACAUUGGCAGACCGCAGCCGGCCGUUAGCAUGCCGUAUGACAGCUGGCAGCGGGCUGCUGGCUGGUUGCUGGCUGGUUGCUGGUAGCGCACAUUGCAAGCGUGCUCACAAUAGGGGGGACGGGGCAGAAAAGCAACAGCAGCCCUCCGGACACGGCGACGGCGACAUGCAGACUUCAAUCGCACCGUAA